GGAGGAACGAUGGUGGGCGCUGACUGUUUACUUCGUGAAUGUCAAGUCUUCCCUUUCGCAGUGUUUCCAGUGUUGCAAAUACUUUAGAACGUUUACUUUGGGAUGUGAAGAUUAUCGAUUAUGGCUCACUAUUCCAAAGAAGAGCUGGAUGAAGAAUUUGAACAAUUUAUAAAAGAGCUUUCAGAUGAUUCUUUUGAAAAUUCAAACAAAACACCUAAACAACCUAAAAAAGAAAUGAAGAAAAAUAUAGUACCUUGGUGGAUUACUGAAGAUGAUUUUGAAGAUGGUGGACUUCUUGGGACAAAAGUGAGCUAUUUGAAAACAAAGAAGACAUCUCAGCGUGUUAUGGAAGUAGAAGAGGAGUCUGCUGAAAAGAUUCAAAUUCUUAAGAGCAGUGGAACCUCGAUCAUAAGCACGGACAGCUUAGAAACAAAUGAACUAGUAGUUUCUGAGCUCAAUCGUAGUAUUCUUGGAUUGGGAUUGGACACAUUAGAAGAACAAGAAGAGAAAGAGCAGUUUUUUGCCAGACUUGAGAAAGGCUUGACAUCUUCCAUUGAUUAUUCAAAAUUAAAUAAGGAACUGGAUUCUGAUGAUUCUACACAUUUUAAAGCUUUACGUAGUAAUCAAGCCAGUGUAGAACUAACUGAAGAUGAACAUGAGAAUGAAUCAAAACCCGAACUGACAGAAAAUUACAGUGAUGAUUUUGAAAAUGAGGAGGAUAUCAAUGCGCCUUUACCUACUGAAGAUGAAGAGACUCAUUCCAAAGAGAAUUCCACAUCAGAAAAAAUAAAUGUACCCAAACAGGAAGAAGAAAAAACCGGCAUGCUGGCUAAUGUUGUGCUGCUUGAUUCGUUAGACUCUGUUGCAGAAGUCGACCUUGAUGAACCAGAUAAAGCAACAACUAAGCCAAAGACCCUACCAGAAGUGACUGAUCAUGAAAUGACAGGAACAGGUAUCUCUUAUGGACAAAGCAAUAGUGACAUUGAAUCCCUACAUCAGGCUUACUGCCAUAUAGCCAAUUCUUUGGGAGAUGCAGAUGAAUGCAGAAUUGAGAGUAACACAAUGGAAAAUAGUAAGAGCUCAGUGAAAGAUCAUCUUCAAGAAAAUGAAGAGUCUUCAAAAAACAUCUCUACUACUGAAUCUGAUCUGCCCACAGUAGAGGAGCUGAUGAAACCUAUCAGAAUAGAGUCCUUCGGGGUCAGUGGUUUUGCUUUACAGCCUGUCAGCUCUAAGAAAGUAGCUGAUAGUAAAGAAACUGAAUUUGUUAGCCCUUUGCCCCUAAAGAUGAAUUCAAGUGUUACAUCACAAGAUCCACCACAUGAGAAACAAUUUUUUGAAAAAAAUGAAACGGAUGUAAUUCUACAGAAGACAACAAAUGAGAGCAUGAAAAAUAGCUGUCCAGGAGUAACUGCUACAGAAGAACAUAUUGAUAAGAUGUACCUUGAUAUUUUGAGGAAAAAAAUAUCUGUUACUCCUUCAUUAUCUCAGGAUGACAAAAUUAAUAAAACUUUUAGAUCUCAGCUCAGCUCUGGAGAGGAAGGGACUGUAACCGAUAAAGAGGUACCAUACAAGAAGGCCAGAAGUGCACCUCCUUUACUAAAAAGGAAACCCCAGAGUGGAUUAUAUGCAUCAGUUAGGAGCUCAGGCUAUGGCAAACCCAGUUUACCACUGAAGAUAUAUUCUACUCUUGAAAAGAAAACUUCAAAGGACAUUAUGAAAAACAAAAGCUUGAGAUCCAUUCCCAUCUCAAAUCAAGCUAGGAAAAAAGAAAUCUUAUCGGAAACAAAACUCAUCAAGCCUGCAGCUAUGGAUAAAGCAGCUCCCAAAGCUGAGAGUUGCCUGGCUACUCCCAAGAAGUCUGAACAGCCUACAGAAACUGAUUCUUGUGUUCAAUUUCACACUGACUCUUCAGGAUACUGUGGUGAGAACAAGGAGAAAGAGUUACAUAUGUUUCAAAGAGUUCAGGAGGCUGAGGAGAAAUGGAGGGGUGCGCAAGCCCUAAUAGAGCAGAUUAAAGCCACAUUCUCAGAGAAAGAGAAAGAGCUGGAAAACAAGGUGGAAGAACUGAAGAGACAACAGGAAAAAGAGCUCUUCAGAUUGAAUCAAGAUAAUUAUAUUCUUCAAACCAAGUUAAGUAGCUUUGAAGAAACAAACAAAAAGCAAAGAUGGUUAUGUUUCGGAGAAGCAAGUGAUCCUGUCACUGGAGAAAAAUUGAAGCAAAUCCAAAAAGAAAUAGAAGAACAAGAGACACUUCUUCAAGGAUACCAACAGGAAAAUGAAAGAUUGUAUAAUCAAGUAAAAGAUCUCCAAGAACAAAACAAGAAAAAUGAGGAGCGAAUGUUUAAGGAGAACCAGGGUUUAUUCAGUGAGUUAGCUUCCUUGAAAGAACAGAUGCACAAGAGUCGUUUUCUGUCUCAAGUAGUUGAAGAUUCAGAGCCCACCAGAAACCAAAGUUUUACAGAUCUGCUAGCAGAACUACGGGUGGCACAGAAAGAAAAAAACAGUUUCUUAGAAGAUAACAAAAGACUGAAACAAGAAAAACAAGCUCUUGAAGUAGACUUGGCAAAAAUGAAGAAAGAGAGGGACCAAGCCAAAGAUCAGGUUGCUUAUGCCACAGGUGAAAAAUUAUAUGAAAUAAAAAUUUUAGAAGAAACACAUAAACAAGAAAUUAGUCGUCUGCAAAAAAGACUACAGUGGUAUGCUGAAAAUCAGGAACUUCUGGAUAAAGAUGCAGUUCGGCUUAAAGAAGCAAAUGAAGAAAUUGAGAAUCUCAAACUUGAGGUUGAGAAACUGAAAGCUGAAUCUGGGAAUCCAUCUAUUCAGCAGAAGAUACGCUUAAAAGAAAAAGCAGUUGAUGCCAAAAAAAUUCAGGAUCUGGAGCGACAAGUUAAGGAAAUGGAAGGAAUUUUAAAGAGAAGAUACCCCAAUUCAUUGCCUGCUUUAAUAUUAGCUGCAUCAGCAGCUGGUGAUACAGGGAGUAGAAAUACAGUGGAAUUUAUGGAAAAAAGGAUAAAAAAACUAGAAACUGAUCUGGAAGGCAAAGAUGAAGAAGCAAAGAAAAGUCUUCGUACCAUGGAGCAACAGUUUCAGAAAAUGAAGAUUCAGUAUGAACAGAGACUAGAGGAGCAGGAGCAGCUGCUUGCCUGCAAGUUGAACCAACAUGACAGCUCCUCCAGGGUUAAAGUGCUAGAGAAGGAACUCAGCGACAUUAAGGAAGCCCAUCAAAUCACUGUAGGAAAGCUUGAAGCUGAAAUAGAUGUUCUUAAACAUCAGAAUGCUGAAUUAGAACUCAAGAAAAAUGAUAACGAUGAUAAAGACUUUCAAUCUAUAGAAUUCCAGGUUGAACAGGCUCGUGCGAAAGCUAAACUGGUAAGACUCAAUGAAGAGCUGGCUGCAAAAAAGAGAGAAAUACAAGACCUUUCGAAAACAGUGGAGAGGCUUCAGAGGGAAAGAAGAUUGAUGCUGUCGAAUCAGAACUCAAAGGGCAGGGAGGAAACAUCUGCCAAAAGGGCAAAGAGAGAUGUUUUGCAGCCAAAUAGAGGAGGUGCUAACUUCCCUGGAACCCUGGACAACAAGCUUUACCAACCACGUACUUUCAUGGAUUCCCAUAUUUCAGAGGUUUUACAAGAAAACCGCCAAUUGAAAACUGAACUAGAGGGAUUAAUAACAGAGAGGAAUGUGCUUAAGAUGAAGUCUGAAGCAGCAGUGAACCAGUUUGAAAACUCCAUGAAAAGGGUUAAGGAAGAUACUGCAGCGCACAUUUCAUCCCUCAAAGCAUCUCAUCAGAGGGAAAUAGAGAAACUCCUCUGCCAAAAUGCAGUGGAAAAUUCUUCUUCCAAAGUAGCUGAACUAAAUCGUAAAAUAGCAACUCAAGAGGUACUUAUAAAACAUUUUCAAAGUCAAAUUAAUGAGCUGCAAAGUAAACAAGAAUCCCUUGUAGUUUUUCAAGUUCGAGAAGAAAUCCUACAGAAAGAGAUUUCAAAACUCUUAGAAGAAUUGAGGCAAGCCAAAGAAAACCAUACACCAGAGAUGAAACACUUUAUGGACUUAGAAAAGAAGAUCAAGCAGAUGGAAAUGAGACAUGCACAACGAGAACAGGAACUUCAACAGAUAAUACUUCAGACACACCAAGUAGUAGAAACUGAGCAAAACAAAGAAACGGAGAAAUGGAAACGACUCACACAGUUAAAAAACCGUGAGCUGGACAAGUUCCGCGCAGAGUUAGACUCCAUCCUAGAUGUUCUCCGAGAGCUGCACCGACAGGGGGUGGUUGUGCCGGCCGCUUUUGCAGAUGAAGUGAAUGCACCAGAGAGUUGCUAGAAGCUUGGAUCUCACGUGACUUCACUGAAAAGCCUGAGGAUGGAUGGGACUGUGCCUCUGUCAGCAGGACAGCUUUUAUCAGGUCUGUGUUCCAGUUUGUUUCUGGAAAGCAAGCAGCAUUUCUAAAUAAAUUGCCCUCGCCAGUUAGGAAAGAA